AUGAUGAGGGGCAAGAUUAAGAGAAAGAUGAUGAAGAGAAAGAUUAAGGUGAUACAAAUGAAUCUGAAAGAGACGCAGCAAUUCUUCCAUCUGCUCCUCGCCUUCGCAUUCAUCAUCGUCCUCUCCCAGGUUGCCGGAGCAGUGGUUGCCGUCCUUGUUGCGUUUGUGGGGAUGGUGGUAUGGAUGUAUCGCAUCCUCGAUCACGACGAUCAGUACUACGUUGAGACGGGCAAGCGCGUGACCGACCGCGACUAUGGAGACGUUCGCAGCGAAGCCGAGAGGAGGAAACUCUAA